AUGGCGGGUGCCUAUAAUCAUCGUAACUCCGUCAAAUAUACACCUAUUGGAGGAGUCGAGCCAGAACUAGAAGCGACGGUCAAAGGCGCCAAGCAGUACAAUGACGCUAUCCGACGCCAGAAAAGAUGCCACUGGGAAGAGUUCCUAGCAGAUGACGCCAACAUUUGGAAAGCAGCCAAGUAUAUGAAAUCGGGCGAGACUACGAUGGAUAGCAAGGAGCAGGCCCAGGAGCUACUAGCGAAGUUCUUUCCCCCACUUCCAGACAUCGAGGAGGAAGGAUGGCGCCCACAGCGGGCUCCUGUGCUCAUCCUCGCCAUGACGGCGUCCUUUGCCAUCAAGUCCUGGAUUGAAGGCGGCGUUGUUGCUGUCGUCAUCUUGCUCAACAUCGUCGUCGGCUUCUUUCAGGAGCUCCAAGCUGCCAAGACGAUGGACUCGCUGCGUUCCCUCAGUUCACCCACCGCCAACGCCGUGCGCGACGGGAACAACGAGGUUGUCGUGACUGCCGAGAUAGUCCCCGGUGACUUGGUCGAGCUCAAGACGGGCGAUACCAUUCCCGCUGACAUUCGACUCAUAGAAGCUGUCAACUUCGAGACCAACGAAGCCCCCUUCACUGGCGAGUCCCUCCCUGUUCGCAAGGAGACCGGGUCCACCUUUCCUACCACCUCCCACUCCAAAAACCUUCACGGCGUUCUGGUACGAGUAGGUCUUUACGAGGUCGCUGGCGGAGGGGGACAGUGA